AUGGCUUUGCAAGAUGUGUGCGGUUUCUGGGACUCCCCUGUGUAUCCCAGAUGGAACACUCCAGCCUCCCUCUCCAUGCCCGUGGGAGACGCCACUGAGCUCUUUACCCAGAAUCCUCUGCAGGUGGAGCGUGACGGGCAGGGCUCCGUGGCCCCGCCCUUCGCCCUGUCGCACGGCACCACAACGCUGGCGUUCGUGUUCCAGGGGGGCAUCGUGGCGGCGGCCGACACCCGCGCCAGCUGCUCGGGGCUGGUCUGCUGCCCGGCGGCCCGGAAGGUUCUGCCGGUGCACUCGCACCUGGUGGUGACGACGUCGGGCAGCGCUGCAGACUGCAUGCUGUGGGAGCGCGUGCUGGCCCGCGAGUGCCGGCUGUACCAGCUCCGCCACCGCCGCCGGCUGCCCACAGGGGGCGCCGCCAAGCUGCUCUCCCACAUGCUGCACCCCUUCAAGGGCACCGAUGUGUGCGUGGCCGCCAUGCUGUGCGGCUGGGACAGGGGCGAGGGGGGCGGGGCGGGGAGGGGGGACGGAGGGAUGAGUUUGGAGGGAGAGCGGAGGGGGUACAGACAGGAGCAGAAAUGCAGUGCUGAAAGGAGGGCACCCGUCUCAGCCGGCCGGGACAGAACCGCGUCCCAGACCGGAGGAGGAGCGGGCUCGGGACCCAGGCUGUACUACGUGUGCAGUGAUGGGACCCGCCUGCAGGGGGAACUCUUCUCCGUGGGCUCCGGCUCCCCAUACGCCUACUCCGUGCUGGACGGCGGGGUGCGCUGGGAGCUAGGCGUGGCUGAGGCCUGCUCGCUGGCCAGAGAGGCCGUGUUCCGCGCCGCCCACCGCGACGCCUACUCCGGAAACUGCGUGGACCUGUACCACGUCACCGCCCGCGGCUGGAGGCGCAGGGAGAGGGAGGACUUGAAGGAGGAGUACUACAGAGAGAGGGAGCGAGAGAGGGAGAGGGUGGAGGAGAGGAGGAAGGAGAGAGAGAGGGAGGAGGGAGAGGGGGAAGGGAGGAGUAUAGUCCCUCGACAGUAG